AUGAUAGAUCCUAUUUUGGAAAAAUUAAUGCCACACUUUGUUUCUGAGGAUGACUCACGAACUAUUAACAUAGUAUUUCAACGAAGUACUUCUGGUCAGGGGAAAGAAUCUAAGAACACAAUCAAUUCAACUCACGUUCGUACGUUUAAUCGAGUCACUGACAUGCAAAAAUUAAUCCGCCAAUGGUUAACUGAAUCUGUGGAAACAUAUGAUUAUACUUCCGUGCGGUAA